AUGCGGCUUCAACCAAACAAAGCCCGUGUCGCUCCGUUCCCUCCUCCCGUCGCCCUGUUGCCCGUCGAGGGAGAAGCAACAUCCCACUCGGUCCUGCGCAAGCGAAUAGCACACAGUGCACCUCAACCAAAUCACAUCAACAGAUCACAGGCAAACCCGCUCCUGUUGCAGAGCAAACCCACGAAUCCUCACCCUCCGGUCCAAACAAUGAUGAAAAUCACGAAGGAUUUGCAAAUGAAUAGACUACCUCCCAACUCUAGUCCGAUGGGAGGCGACAAGAUACCUCAUGUGAAUGAUGAAGAUGGAGAAAUCAUAUCUGUUGCGGAAGAAGCAAGAUCCAAUGCUGAUGGCAAUAGUGAUGCUGGGGAAGGUGAGGAUAUCAUACCACUCAAUGAGUGGUCUACACGAUUUUGUCCAGAUGAUGGGGAAAUCGAGAUUUUGCGCUUCAUUUGGGACCCUAGCUGUGUAACUCCAGCGCAUUUUGAUGACCCAGAGCAAGCAGAUCGAAGACUGGAUGAGAUGCUGAAGCAGGGAGCUUAUGACGACUCACCCGUUGGCUGCCAAAGCAAGCUUUUAGAACGUGUUUGCUCUGUGUAUUCAAAGAGCUCUAAUGAUUUUGGGAACUUGUACUCUGUGACGUGGAGGCCUUAUUGGUCAAGGAAAUUAAGUCGAUAA